AACAAAAUGGCGGCACCCACCAGAAGGAAAGGUAAGGGUUUUGUACUUUCCCGGAAACUCAUGCGUUUUAGAGCAUUUUUCUGAUUAUAUGUUUCAACCAUUAUUUAGGGUAUCGUCCAACCGAACGUGAUUUGAAUUCGCCAUGGAGAAGGUAAGUUAAAGUCACAACAUCAUGUAGAUCACUCAGAGCUCUGUGACUUCUCUUACUAGUAGCUGCCGUCCGUAGCUCUGAAAGUUUCAUUUUUAAACUUAAAAGUGAAUUUCUCUUUUACUCGUUUGGGUGGGAAAACAACGAUUCAUGUACUUGUGAUUUUAUAAGAUAAUAAUACAUAUAUUAACGCAUAAAAUGAACAAAAAAUCUACGUAUAAUCAAUAGCUUCACUUUUCCUAGGAGUUAGUGCUCAAUGCAUAAAAAUAUGCAGAGCGAAAUACAAGUGAAAGCUACGCGUAGAAAGCUAUUAUUUUUUGAGAUUUUUCUCUCGCAAGCAGUUCGAUGCUUGUUAAGUGUAACGGUAAGAUUUCCGCACAACCCGAUACAUUUAUUAUAAAUACAAAAAUUUCAUACUAUUUCACAUAAAUAGUUAAUAUGAAAAGAGUCGAAACAUGUAUGCAGAAUAAAUGGGCUGCUAGUUGUUUAAAAACUCUCUUCAUCAAUUUUUAUUCAGCAGGGCAAGUAAUCAACCGAAAUCAACUCUUCUAGGCACAGGGCUCACCAUUGUCUUUCACUGUUUAUUCUUUCCGAUAAUUAUAACUUUUGUCUGUCCCUUAGAAAAUUUUAUUAUAGAUACUUCUGGUUUGAAUUGCUAAUACCGUAAAGGGGCUCUGUCAUGUUGGCUGGUUAGGGGUGACGAAUGGUAAAAUCCGAGCCUUGCCGAGACGCCGAGACCCUAGUUUAAAAAUCCGAGCCCAAGACUUAGCGCUAAAAAAAUCCGAGCCAGAGACGCAGUGAUCCAAAAAUCCGAGCCCGAGAUGCACUUGAUCCGAAAAUACGAGAUACAGCGCUCUGAGCUUUUGUGGGCAUCACAACAAAUAUUUUUCCACUCAUCCCAAAACAUUGGUUUUGUAUUAAAACCAUUAACUUAUCUAGUCUACCAGUCAGAGAAAUAAAAUUAAACGUAUUAAGUAACGCAUUACUGCUUAUAGUCUACUUAUUAACCUGGUUAGUUACUUUAUAAACUAGUUAAACUAAUGAUUCGACAUUCUGCCUGGUUUAAAAUUCACACGCCUUCUGAUAGCUUCUGAUCUCUUGAUCUGUCGGCUUCUGGCACGCGUAAAUCUGCGAACGAUCGGCUUUCGACUAGCUACUACUGCAAAUGGCAGAGAGUGAAGAGGAAAUAGAAGAGGGUUUUGAAGCAACGAAAGGAAUUAAACGCAAAUACGGUAAGUUAUAAGAUCGUCUUACGAUGCGUUUUGUUUGAUUCGUGUAUCGCAAAGCUUGCUAUUUGUGUCAGCCAUGUUAAGCUAUGUUAGUUAAGCUUAGUAGACUCUUAGUUAGCUUUAGUUCAUGUUGUAGUGUUGUACUUCGGACUAUAUCUGGCAACAAGCCACAGUAGCUCAGUUCCUGGAGCGUUAUUUUACCAUGCAAGCAGGCUUUCGGUGAAUGACUUCACAACCUUAUACCAGUCUUACACUGUGAAGAGAUUGGGAUAGAAGGACAAUGGACAGACGGAUAGACUGUUCUAUUUGUUAGCUUUUGUUGUGGAAAGGACUAAAAAAAUAUAUUUUACGUUUUCGCUGAACACCUACUGAGUGAAAAACUCCUUGCGGUGUGUUGACAUGUAGCUACAUGUGACACCCUAAAGAAAGCUAAAGUAGGUCAAUGAGUGUUAGCUAGUGUUAGAAUUCCGUAACUUUCUCGCCGGCUCCCGUGUGAUUCUUAGCUAUUUAAACUUAUUCAGCAUCUUGCGGCUUUCACACGCGUAUAUCUGCAUGGACCCCAAACAAACCCCGGCAGGGGUAAAUUUCUUGAUUUCUCGUUUCGGAUAAGCUUGCGGAUAAAAAAUUGAACGUCCCAUUGGCGAGAUUUCGAGAUCCAAAUUUUCAAAAUCCGAGACUCCGAGAUCCAAAUUUUCAAAAUCCGAGACUCCGAGACCGUCAUAUUUCUGGGAAAUCCGAGAUUCCGAGACGCUUUUUUUAAGCGCCGAGAUUACGAGACUCGGCUUAAAUUUGCCGAGACUCAACAUUUUUGAAAGGCCAUUCGUCACCCCUCUGGUUGAUAAUAGAGAGUUUGGAAAUUGAGUAAUUUUAAUUUUCAGUGGACAAAAACCUUUAAACAAUGUUGCCCUUCUUUUUUUAUAUUUUUCAAGAGCUAAAGAUGUAAUAAAUCAUCUCUAGUAACACCAAAGAAAAUUUCUCAUGGAAGUCCGAGAACAAGAAUGUCAAAUUUCACAAGAAUUGUGAUUCCACAGGUAAAAUUCUGAAAAUUUCAUUGGUAAGAUGUAAUUUUGUGAAAUUUGACAUUCAUUUUCUUGGCUCCAUAGGAAAUUUUUUUUGGUGUUACUACAGAUGAUUUAUUACAUCUUUAGCCCUUGAAAAAUGUAAGAAAGGAUGCAAUAUGCUUUAAAUCAUCCUGGUACAAGAUUUUUGUCCACUGAAAAUCAAAAUAAUUUAUUACUCAAUGUCCUGGUGGAUUCUGUCUUAAGAUUCAUGUAUACGGCAAAUGGCAAACAUCAGAUUCAAGUUGAGAAUUUCUCAAAAUAGAAAAUGAGCAGAUAGAAACAGCUCAAAACAACAACAAGUUUUCAAAACCCACAAUUGUGAUCUGUUUCAAUGUCGUUCACAUUUGCCCAUCUGUUCCUCCUUUUGUAUGUGUUAUCUGUUUUCUUUGCUUUUCAUGUUUUGACAAGUUAUUUCUAUGUUUCACUCAGUUUGGUGGCAGCUCCUCACUGUUUAAAUUUUGAUAAAUUUCAUAACACAACUCCUUUAACUCAGUGCAUCAUAAUUUAUUACCUGUUAGCCAUGGGGUUCCAAAUAUAAAUUUGUUUCAGUUAAAGUUUCUCCUGGUUAAUUGUGGUAAAGUUUAGAGUUACUUUGCAAACGAGCUGUUGCAAAACUCAAAUGCUUGUGCUAAAGAACAAUAUAUUUCAUUAAUAAUGACUGUUUAGUAGUAGAUUUGUUGUAUUUACGUUUGAUCUUUGUGAUCUUUUCUCCUUUGUCAGUCAUUCUUAACCCUCGGACGUACAAGGAGGUAGUGGGGGGGGGAGUGGAUGCUACCCCCUAAGCUUUUUUUGAGUUUUUUCCUAGAGGAUACAACAUCAGCACCUGACAUUCUCAGUAGCUGUUUGUUCAUCCCUUAUCCACAUUCUGUUACAAGUUUGGUGAUGGUCAGUUGCUAUGGUCAUGAGAUAUGAUGUCAUAAGUAGCUCGUGGUCAAGCCAUUUUUGGGAGAAAAUACCUUCUUUUAACUUCUUUCAACAAUAAAAGUAAAUCUUGUGGCUAUAAUCAUGCAAAGUGCUUAUUUAUGAGUUAUUUUUCAUUUAAAGCUCAAAAAAUUACUAGUUCUCGCGGUUUUAACCUGAUUUCUAAUUCUUGGUAAAUUCCAAGAGGGUGGCCAAGAUGGUGACCAUUGUUGGUCACAGGCCUCCAGCAGCACCAUCACCCAUAAAAUAUACCUCAUCUUGUUAAGAGGAUCAAAGGCUUUCCACUAAAGGUAAAAUCAUCUUGAAAUACUGCAACAUAACACUGGGGAGGGGUUCCAUCCACCCCCCCCACGUACCACGGUGGGGGUAUGAAUUUGCGUGUACGUCCGAGGGUCAGACAAUAGCUUAAACAGCAUACCAUAUUUUAUUUGAUUAAGCACCCAACAUUGAAUUAACACCCGCCUCAAAUAAGCACUCAUCCUUGGAGAGGGAAAGUUAAUAGGGCCCGACCUCAAUUAAAUGUCCAACCCCCACCCCCCACCCCCCACCCAUUACCCUCUCUCCUACCAAAAAAACUAAAAGGGACAAGAAGAGUAUUGGCUGUCAUUUCUUUACUGCCCCAUCUGCUUCUCAUUGACUGACCCAUUUGCAGUGGUUACACUGUGAGACAUUACGAUGGAACACCAGAUAGUUCGCUUGAAGAAAUUGACUACUAUAGGUACAGUACCUUGUAUAGAUCCCCAAAGUCCGAUUGUUUAGUCUUUUUAUUGAAACAAACUUUCAAUGAACAGUUUACAGUCUGUUAAUGGUCAUUUUGAAAUGUUACACUCUCUUUUUCAUUAAUUUCCUUUAUCUGAAAGUCAUUUUCCAUUAAAUUGACAUUAAUUUAAGUUGUGUUAACUUCCAAUCUACGUUAAUUUCAUAGAGCAAUAAUUUCCUAUAAUUAGAUAUGUACAUCUCUUGCUCCUUUUCUAGAUCUAAUUCUCCAGCAUCAACACUUGUGAAUGGCAAUGCAUACUCACCACACAUGCCACGCAAGAGAGAAUCAUCUGCAUCACCAAUCGACCAGGAGUACAAGAAGAAUGUAGAUGUUUUGAAAAGAGGUGGGUGCUGUAGAAUGCAGGUCUUACUAUGUGAAUGCAAGGACAUAUUCAGGGAAGACUUCAAGUUGGCUUUACGAUCCCUACCCAGGGCUGUGCUCUAGCAGAGCCCAGUGGCCCCUGGUGCCUAACUUUUGCCCUUGGGUGACUACAAAAUCUCAGGUUUUUCAUACAAAUCAUAUGCUGGGCACCCUAGAUUUUACAGUUUCAGAGCACUGGGCUCCCUUCAAUUUUCCUUAGAGCACAUUCUUGCUCCUUCUUCUUGUUUAAAAUGAUGUGGGGAGCUAAUUGAGUUUCAAAUUAAUGUCAGUGAAAACAUACCAUGGCUGUUCUAUUGUUGGUUUUCACAUGACGUCACAAAAAUUCAAACUAAAAAACUAUUGAUCCUAAAAUAUUAUAUUUGGAGGGGCUUAUACAUGGAGGGGCUUUUUUUCAGAAUUUUACCUUAUUUUAUUUCAAAGAAUUUCUAUAUAUUGGAGUCCAGUGAGUGCCAAAACAAGUGAUUUCUACAGUUUAUUUCAUUUAAUAUUCUUAUUCCGGACUACAGUCAAUCACUCGUACCCUUAGUCAAUUUGUCUUGAAGGUAGUCAAAUGUUCUUGGAGUGGACAUUGAAAAAAAACUUCUUAAUGGUGUGUUGGAGUAAACUGAAAAAUAAAUCGCUAGAAAAUUUCGUAUCUCAUAAUUCUGCAGCAAAUGGAAAAGAAAUAUACAGAGUAGUUUUCCUUGCAUAUUUUUUAGCUUUCUAGGUUCCUGCUUUCAAAAGAGUCUUCUUUGUGGCUCUGCCCUUCAGUGCAAACUGUUGUUCCUAUUUUCAGUUCACCCUGCAGGGAUCAAAAUAUUGUCAACUGCAGUUACAUUUUGAGGGAGGUGUAGUUUAGUCAGUUUAUAGUACAUGUAAUAUAAUAAUUAUUGUGUUUUCUUAAAAGAUGUUGCCAUAGGUGAAUCAAGUUUUAUCAAGAUUUAUUUGUAAUUAAAUCUUAUUUCCUCCAGAAUGGGCAAAAUUGGAGGCAGAAAGGAAUAGACAGAAAGGUAUGAAUGCACCAAAACUACAGUACAUGUACAACAUUAAAUAGCUCCUCAUGGUUGGCCUCCAGCCAGUUGGGAUUGUUAACCUUGUUGGCCAUAAUGGAAUAAUAGAAAGUCAGUUUUCUUUUUAACAUUUCUCAUGGUUCGCAACAACAAAAAUGAAAGGACUACAUCAAAACUCAAAAUUAACAACUGAGCCCCCAUGCCAAAGGAACCAGGCACCCAUCACACUGAUUAACAGUGGCAGAAUUAAGGGGGGGGAGGGAUGGGGUAAAAGAAUGAUCCAAAGGCUAAAUGAAGAGAAUUGCCGCCACAAAAACACUGUACUGAGCACAUGGAGGUGAUGCAAGCAAGGCUGACCGCGCUUGAGCCAAACGACCAACCGCUGACCACGCUCAUGCUCCUUGUUGUUAACUCUAGAUCUGUUAAAUAAAUAUUUAUUUAACCUCAUCAUAAUCCUAAAUUUGCAGUUAGAAUUUCCAACUAUUUGUAUUUUACAAUCUACACUAAAUGUCAGAUCCUGAGGGAAACAGUUAGUUUUGUUUUCCCGAGAGUCCUGGGACUCAAGGGAAAAGAAAACGAACUGGUUUCCUGAGGGACCUAGCAUUAAGUGUUUUGUUAUAUUUCUAGACUUUACCUUCAACAGCAACAAAAGAAUAACCGGAGAGAAUCAAAACAGUUGACUCAGUUCUUAUAAGAACACAAAUUUAGUUCUCAAAACCAUUGAACGAAUGUUUAGCAAAGCACUUUUCCUUAUUUUAUCUGCAUCUUUUUCCACCAGUAGCUGCUGUUUCUCUUUAGGGAUAACUUUGAAAAUCUUUGCAUUUUAGCUUGAGGCUUCAUGUUUGUGUUGUGGACUCUCAUUGUGUUCAUCCCUGAAAGUGAAAACUGGCAGUGUUUUUCCCGCCUUCUGUCACGCCACUUUCCACCAUGCUUUGAUCUUGUUGUAAUGUAUCCCAAGUGGGUUACAAUUGCUCAAAUGUAUCAUGAUUGGGAUAUAUUUGAUUUUAGUCAAGGCCAUGUGACCAAGAAUCAACCAACGGCAGUCCCUGUUUAGUUGAGUGAAAGUCUAGGAAUAUAAAAAUAUCAGUUAAACUCAUCACCAAUAGAUGAGCUUGAGCAGUGAUGCCUACAAGGAUGGUGGCACCACCAGGCACCAUCACACUGAGAACCUCAGUGGAGAAAUCUGCAGACACUUACCAGAAGACAUCCAAAGGAAAGGGAGGGCUGGGAACAAAAACAGCUAAAGCUACCGCAAGCAAAAGCAAAGUGAGCGAAAGCGCUGUAAAAAUUUUACUAAAGCCGUGCUAAAGCCCAACACCACCCCACCUACGAUUAGUGAUGGAGACUGUUGGUCAGCAUUGUCUCAUGUUUAACCUCAUCUAAAUUACAUUUGGCUUUUAGUGUAGAUGGAUAUACACUGGUGACAAACUGAUGGGUUAGCUUGUCAAUGGACUAGCGUCCCAUUCGGGGAUGAAUGGCAUAACUUCAUGUGACCAAACUUGGGUUAGGCUUUGGUCAUGUGUGCCUCAUGGCUUACACUCCCCGUUACAUUAACACUGUAACUUUUAUUUGUACCCUUUACUUUAAGUCAUGUAUCAAAAUAAAUGAUCCAUUCAAACAUACUGUAUACAUGACAUUUUUGUGCUCUGGCAGGGUUAAACCUGUACAUUAAAGAACAGAGAACCAAUUGCAUGUAAGAGAGUUCUAGUUGAAGUAUAUUGCACUUUCAAGCCUGGAAUCAAUAACUAACUGUGGGUAAAUAAGUAGUAAUAAAAUUAUUCUUACCUAUUAUAUAAAAUGAUUGCAUUUUUUUCCUCAUUUGUAGAGACAGUAACUGUAACAGAAUAUGCUCCACGAGAAAUGGUUGUGCAAGGUAUGUUUGAAUUCUGAAGUGUUAUGUGCUUUAUUUGCACCUGACCUCUGUGCACAUUUAAUGUAUCGGUCAAAUCGAAGCUUCAACAUGCCCCCCCCCCGGGCAACCCCCCGGGCAUUUGACUUUUUUGAAAUUUUUUGUUCAAAUUCCCCCCUACCCGGGCCAAGAUGCCGUUCAAAUGCCCCACACUAGGGUCCAUUCAGGUGAUCAAAUGCCCCCACCCCGGGGACAUUUUACAGGCACAAAAAUGACAGAAGGACGGCGGAAACGCCUUCAGUUGUCGAACAAAAUCUUUAUAAAUAUAACAAAAACUGAGAAACACGGUUAGCGUAUUUACUACAAACAAAAGUCUCGUGCAAAGCGGCGGAAAUCGCUGCUACAAGGUCACUGAAUGCUCAGCUUUUCUUCGUCAUGCAACAUACAAAGCGUUGUAUAAAAAAAGAUCCCACCUAUUGAGAUUACUACAUCAUGACCAUUUCACUGACAUGCGUCAUCACUCAUCUUAUUAAUUAACAUACUUACAGUAGGUAAAAGUAGUUGACCUGAGCUUUUUAUUUUAUUUUAUGUUGUUGUAUUGAAUCGCCGGUAUAGGUGUUGUAUUUCAUUGUAAACGCAACAAUAAAAUACAUUCAUACAUUCAAAGCCUGAAUCCAAUAUUAAAAAUUUUAAAAUUUAAAUACUUCAAAUAUGGCACAAAGCUUGUUUAAGCCCUUUCCUCGUAAACAAUUGGCCACAAAGGCACAAUCUUUUCCACGAAAAUCCUCUAACACCGCUUCCCCCAUGAUAGCUCGCCACGCCAAAGAUUUUACAUGAAAUCGAGGGUACAGUUCAAAUUCCCCACCCCUAAAGCAUGGGGAUCAAAUUCCCCACCCCCUAGAAGAGUCUGGUAAUCAAAUUCCCUCCUCCCUGGGACGGCAAAGGUGUCAAAUGCCCGGGGUAUGCCCGGGGGGGGGGCAUGUUGAAGCUUCGAUUUGACCGAUACAUAAUGCUCCCCUUCAGAAUUGGGAACGUUUCCAAGGUUCCUGAAAUAGCGGUUCUAAUUGGUCCAACUAUAAAAUUAAUGCAAUUCUUAUUACCCAUAGGCCAUAGAAGACUAAAAACGUUAACAACAAUUAAUAUUAUUAUUAUUAUUGUUGUUGUUGUUGUUAAUAUUAUAUUUCAAUCAUAAACGUGUGUUUGAAGAUGAAGAAUUGUGAACAUGCUCCCCCAUUUUGAAAGUGAAUUAUCCUGGAGGGGAGAUGUAAAAAUGUGGGCUCUAAGGUCUCAUUUGCAGUGGUGGAUCAAGGGGAGGGGCCCCCCCUUUUUUUUUAGACCAAACGGAGGCAUGUUGAAGCUUCGAUUUGACCGAUACAUAAUGCUCCCCUUCAGAAUUGGGAACGUUUCCAAGGUUCCUGAAAUAGCGGUUCUAAUUGGUCCAACUAUAAAAUUAAUGCAAUUCUUAUUACCCAUAGGCCAUAGAAGACUAAAAACAUUAACAACAAUUAAUAUUAUUAUUAUUAUUGUUGUUGUUGUUGUUAAUAUUAUAUUUCAAUCAUAAACGUGUGUUUGAAGAUGAAGAAUUGUGAACAUGCUCCCCCAUUUUGAAAGUGAAUUAUCCUGGAGGGGAGAUUUAAAAAUGUGGGCUCUAAGGUCUCAUUUGCAGUGGUGGAUCAAGGGGAGGGGCCCCCCCUUUUUUUUUAGACCAAACGGAGGCGUGAAGGGUCUGGAUACCCCCCCGCCUCGUCUGAAGAUCUGGAUCUGCCACUGAUUUGGUUCAUUUGUUCAUUUGGUUUACAACUCCCACCCAUGUCGAGUACUUCAGUGUUAAUCGUUUUAGGCCAUUUCUCUUCCAUCUUUCCUGAUAGUAGAGGAUUUUGUGUCUUGCUCAUGCUUGCAAGAAUUGAUCAUAAAUUAUGAUCACGCCCAUAGCCAUUCUUUUAGCAUAGACAGCAAGAUCUGCGAUUGCCCAUAGCGUAGACAGCUAGAAGGGAAUAUUUGUGGUGACAUUUUUCUGAACAAAUGCUUUUUGUUUAUCUUAAAGUUUAAGUUAAAUCUGCAACGGCAGAGUCAAUCAGGGAUGCUGUAGGAAAUCUGAACUGUAAGCAAAAGCGUCAAGUUUUUUUUUUUUUGUGAAACUCAAACUUCAGUUCAACUUUAUUAGAAAAAUAUUUGCAAAUACAACACAAGAGAACGGUCUGCUUUAAGCAUUACAAUGUAGCUAAUCUACAUUAGGCUGUCAUGAUUUCACUGUGAUAGGUCAUAACACAAGAAACAUUCCUAAAACAUCAUUUUUGCUUUUCACGGUUUUUAUAGAUCGUUUUCACUCGCGUGGACAGUAGCUUUGCAAAUUUAUUGGAAGUACAAAAAAAAGUUUUAAAUAAGGGCUGAAGGUUCAAUAGACCUCUUUACCGAUACGGCGGCCAUAUUGAAUUAAUUCGAUUUAUAGUCAGGUCUCUUAGGGUCAGGAUCGUUACAGAGUUGACAAAAGCACCAAACUUUGCACAGCGAUAGCUUAUUGCAGUACCAUGAAUAUUAGAGGGGGUGCCCACUGCAAAUAUGCCACUGAAGCGUGCUAAACAGGAUUUAAUUAUUGUAAAUUUCACCUGCUGGGGUCCCUGUGGUGUUUUCAUUGAAAAUUGUUAUUUAAUACCUUAAAUCACUCUGAAUUCUAUUCUCAGGCUGUAAACAACAAUUUCACUCGAAUAUCUGGCAUUCCCAUCCAUUUUUGCUCAUUGAUUGUAUAAUUAAGUUGAUUAUUACUGUGCCCUUAAAGCAAGUCCACAGUCCGCCCACAUUUUCAUAAGUCAUUUCUAAGAUGGCCUCGUCUUUGCUUCAUAACUUGCAAGUACUCAGCUUCUGGGGUCUCUUCUCCUUUUCUAAUGUAUUUCAAUUAGAGGAGGCCUUAUUGUGUGGCUUAAGCCUUAUUUAUCAAGUAUUGUCAUUACAUGUCACUUUAAGCUGAAGAAAGCAAACAAAAUUUCAGAAAAAAGAAAUUGUCAAAGAGUCUGUUGUAUCACAUAUUAUCAGGGAUUUAUGACAGCUAUUCAUGAAGAGCAAAUAACGAAAUGAUAGAACCCAAAAAUGUUCUUUCCUAGGGAGGUAAUUAAUUUUUCAGCUUAACAUAGGCCUGGAUGCCUUUCAGUCUCUCUUUAUCCAGUUAUCUGCUGGAAGCAAGUGCAUGUUUUGACAGAGAAGCAAGCACCGUGGCACAAGUCAUGUCAUUUACAAUUUCCGCAGUUUGUAUAAGCUUUACAAAGCAAAAACAAACAAAAAAGAAUCUGGUCUAAUAAACGAAAAAAAGAAACAAGUUAGCCCAAGCUUCAAAAAACAACCCAGUUUAUCAUGAAGCCUGUACAUUUGGCACUGAAGCACUCAUGUCCAAAAAUAAUAACAGCUUAUCAAGUCGUAAAAGUGAGACUCAAGUGGUACAAGAUUGACUCAAAUGAUAAAUGGUGAAUAGUUUAACUGCUGAAACUGUAGAAAGGGGGCCGGGCUAACUCUUAGGGCCUGUUUACAUGGAGGAAGGGGACCCCAGGUAGGAAUGGUAACCCACUUAGGUGGGGUAACCCGCCUGUCCAUAUAAUCUCUCAUUUUAAUUUGAUCACGUUUACAUGAUAGGUGGGGUCACCCUUCAAGGUGGGUAGCCCGGUCUGCCACACCAGGUAACCCUCUCAGCUGAGGUCAAAUUUUGCCAUGUCAACGUUUCAAGGUGAGGAAACCCAGGCUAGUCGCGGUCGGAUUCGAGAUACAUCAAAUUCGCGUAAAAUUCACUUUGGCGCUGGGUGGCUUCACAUAAUUAUUAAAGGUAACAAUAGAAAGCCACAACACUGAAGGUUGCAGCAAGAGCAGCAAUUGAGCGUAGACGUGGUUUACCAGCAUUUUUCUUGUUUACAUGGUUAGUGACCAUUCAUAUAAUCUUGAGAAACUGCACCCCAUUAUGGCGGGGUUGUAAGAUUGCAUGUAAAGGAGGGUUAUUUUUUUACCCCACCUAAGCAGGUUACCUCACCGACCUGGGGUCUCCCACCUUUAUGUUAACAGGCCUUAAGUCUCAGGAACCGUGAAACUGGUAAUAAACGGUAUACCUAACCCGGGACUAGCUGUGAAACUACCGGCCAUCUUCAAGAACGUCAGCAUAGCAGCCAAAGAAGCCAUUAUAUCGGUGUAAAACGAAUAUUAGAUUGCGGUUGUUUCAUGCGUCUUGUUUUGUGACUUUUUCUGUGUUCGUUUUUGUCACCAUCUCUAAAUAUCAAUCAUGUUCAAAACACCCCUACUAACAAAAUAUUUCGUAAAGCUCUUUAGAAUGAUAUUCAGCAAUAAAAACAAGGUGUGACCAGGAGCCGAUUUCUAGGCUCCUGGUGUGGCAACAUAGGCAUAAGUGAAUGCAAAGUUUUGCAGUAUGUAAUCUGUCAAAAAUCUGUUUGAGUGGUCAAAGUUGGGGCUGAUGGGCUUCUUUAUCAUGACCACUCCAUUAUUAUAAGGGACCAGGCCAUAAUUAUUGUUGACCCUUGCUUUUUUGGUAUUUUAUGUGAUUUUCCACAGCAUUAUUUUGUGAAAAGUUGGUAACUGAAUUGCUCUUGAGGAAUUCAUGAUCGUAAGAUUUCGUAACCACGGCGUAUUCGCCUAAUUGCAUCAAACAAAUUACAUUCAUUUUCAUAAAUGAUGCAUCAUUGGUUGGAUAAAAGAGGCCUUGUUCCUGUAAAUUUCAGCUCUUCUGAAGUUAGUUUGUUUGUAAAUUGUAACGCACGCGACGACCUUCCUUUUUUUUGAAAGAUCGUAUAGACCUACCAUUAACACUCUGGUCCAAGGGCUCUGAAGUGAAUGAGCCGCUUACAGGUGUAUAGGCAUGCAGGGACCUCAUACACUUCUUUUUAAAUGCAAAUGUGCAAAAAAUAAAGAGUGUUAAAAAUUCCUGGAGAGGCAUGUUUUACAACCUCGUCCCCAGGGCUUAAUAAAAAGGUAGAAAAAGGUAAAGCGACCAUAUUUUACAUCAAUAACUCGUGACAGUAAUAAUAAGUGAUAAACUUGAGGUCGACGGUGCGCUCCUUUUACCCCCCUCUCUCCAUUAAUUCUCCGUUUUAAGGGUAUUUAAAGCUAGUCAAAGCUACACAGAAAAAAGAGAAGUUGAAAUAAGGAGGUGUUGACACCGGGCUCGAACUCAGGACCUCUCGUCCCGAAGGCUGCGCACUAACCAACUGUGCCACCCUUGCUCCUCCUUUUCCCCCUUAGGACGAGGUUGACAUGUUUUAAUCAUUAUCUCAAGGACAGGGUUACCAACGAAUCUAAUCUUAGCUGCACAAUUACAAAGUGGGCGCGUUGUCAGUUACGGUUCAUGAAGUUGUUCAUGUGGCAUGUCAAACUUUAACGAUUCUAUCGUUUAGGAUGUGAUACAUUUGAGUUUUAGGUUAUUGUAUGACAUCUUUGAAAGCUGGCUUUGUGAUCUGUUUAAGUUGAUAUGUAAUGAUAUUAUCACUGGCAAGUCUUAGCAGUGACACUGAUAGCCGUACAGUCCGCACAAUGAACAUGGCCACACUUACCGUGUGGAGACUGGGCACUAGUCAGUAUUAUGUACAUGUAACACUAUUUUGAAUAGUGUAACAACAACUAAACAUUACCAAAUUAAAAACUUAAAAAUUUGCAACAAAUGUUUUUUAGCCAAAUCAAACAAGAAGAGUACUCACCACAGGGCACCCAAUCUACUAUUAUAGGUGAAAGUUGACCCCCCCUUUUAUCUGUAAUUAGGACCAUUUGUAACGGGCACCCCCUCCAGUAUUAAUCGGUAGGUGCUAAGGAAGCUAUGUGCCAAAUUUGACACUUUUGUCACGUCUGUAACGAUCCGGCCUAUAUUUUGCACUAAGAGACCUGACUAUUAAGGAGUAUUAUAGGAUGCCCAGGGGGCAUGAGCACAUUUCGUUUGUAUUUUGGAGUGCUUUUCGGGACAUUUGUUCUUAAAGUUUUGUUAGAAUAAGAUUGUUAUGGAAAAAAAGAUCCCUGUGCCUUGUUUGGAUGUGAUAAUGAUCGCCUUUUUCCCGAGAACUAUACAGUGAAAGACAAUAUUUCUAAUACUAAACUAGAAAGAGGCUAUCAUUCUUACAUCCAAACACGGCACAAGGAUCUUCUCUCUCAUUACAAUCUUAUUCUAAGAAAACUUUAAGAAAAAAUGUCCCGAAAAGCGCUCAAAAAUACAAACGAAAUGUGCUCAUGUCCCCAGGGCAUCCUAUAAUACUCCUUAAAUCGAAUUAAUUCAAUAUCGGCACCGUAUCGGUAAAAAGGUCUAUUCCCACAGGAUUGGUUUGGGACACCAACAUGGCCGCCAUUCCAUUGUUUUGGAACACCAAUAUGGCCGCCGUGGCGUCCUGCAAAAACACUCUAUUAGUUGGACUGAAGACUGCGGUGAAAAGUAAUGUGACCGCAUAUUUUUUUCCAUUUUUUUCAGAUUUUCAGCCAUUUGAUUUGGAUUCAUUCCUUGAAGGUCUUCACCAGCGCCAGCAACAAGAGCAACAGGAUCAAUAGCGCACAAAAUAACAAUAGUCAGAAGUUGACAUUUUAUUAAAUGUAGUAGAUAUUGCCUCAGAUACAUGAAGAUAUCUACAGUAAAACCAGUAUUUAAAGUUUCCAUAUUGAGCGGAGUACAGUCUUGUGUUAAGUGGACACAGUGAGGCUCAAGCGUAAUAUGUACCGCAAGAUGCUUGACAAGCGUAAACUUUAUUACUUUACACCAGGGGUAAUUUUAAUAAAACUUUUACAAGUGUAAUUUACAAUUUGUUUUUAGGGUCCGAAGACAAUAGCUACUUUUGUAAAUUAGACUUAUGAAAGUUUUAUUUAAUUGACCCCAGGUCUUAUAUUAUGAACUGCAGUUUAGGUAGUACUUGUAGUUACUAGAACAAACACCCAUUUCUCACUAACUUGACCACGCCUGGUGUUAUUUAAAGAACUUUAUUAUAUAGACACGAGUGUUUUACUGGAAAAUAUACCACUCGUAAAAUUCAUAAAAACUACAUCCGGGACCCGACUGGUUUAUUUUCCAUAAUCUCACACGUGAGUUUAUCGAUGACGUAAUUUCGGUAAUUUCCCUUUAUUAUUUUAUCGAUGUGUUUUUGUCUAUAUAAUAAAAAGAACAUUACACGGCGGCUUGAAGAUAUGAAUUUUAUUUUCUCGUGGCAAAAACAAUAUUUUAGUCACUCGCUGCGCUCGGUCGUAAAAUAUUGUUUUGCCACUCGAAAACAAAAUUCAUAUCUUCGCGCCACCGUGUAAUAUCCUCUAUAUAAUCAGCAUAAGGUGAUUUUUUGUUUGUUCUGCUCUGAUCCAAGAUCUGAUUUGCUCUUUUGUGUAAUUAUGAUUAGAGACCUUUAGAUUCGAGAACGACAACGACUGCGAGGACGAGAAUUAACUUAAGGUUUUUGCGUAUUCUCAUAGAAUAGACACCCCGAAAAGCUUCGUUGUACUCUUGAAACGUUAUCACAGAUAUUCUCCCGAUCGCGCAAAAAGGUAUUCGUUGUAACAUUAAAUAACUUGUUUGCACCACAACGAUAUUCGCGCUAAAAACCGUAUUAGAAUGACUACGGCUAUCACGUUUUCCCGCCAAAAUGACAGUGGUUCACGCGCGCGCACUACUUAAUAUUGUAGAAAUCUCGUUCUCUUAAUCGUCCUCAUCUGAGAAUCUAAAGGUUUUCUUGUCCUUUACUCUUCACCUAAGGAAAACUACCGUAAACGUCCGAUUAUAAGCCCUGGGCUUAUACAACUUCGUAAGGGGUUUCUGGAGGGUUUAUAAAGGGAGGAGCUUACCGUAAAAUCCCACUUUAAAGCCCUCCGGAUGUAAGCCCAUCCAUUUUCUAACGAAGAUAUUAUCCUGGAUAUAACUACCCCCCCCCCCUCCCGUUUAUAAGCCCAUCUAGUGUAUACGUGC